CUCUUCCGGGCAGCCGCCUUCAGUCUUGGCUUUGAAGAGGAGCUGUCACCACUGGAUUCCUGUUCUCGGGUGCAGUUGCUGUUGCAGGAGACGAUGAGCUGAGAACUUUGGCAAAAUGGAGAAGCACAACAUGCGGGCAGUGACCUAUGAUGAUGUGCAUAUCAACUUCACUUGGGAAGAGUGGAAUUUGCUGGAUCCUUCCCAGAAGAAUCUCUAUAAAGAUGUGAUGCUGGAGACCUAUAGGAACCUCACUACUAUAGAAUGCAUUUGGGAAGACCAUAAUAGUGAAGAGCAUUGUCAAUUUUCUAGAAGACAUGAAAGGAAUGAGAGGAGUCAAACUGGAGAGAAACCUUCAGUAAAUUUUCAACGUGGUAAAUCCUUGACAUAUGACAAGCACCUUAAAUGGAAUGAAAGAACAUAUUCUGGAGAGAAACCCUAUGAAUGUAAUCAGUGUGGUAAGGCCUUUGCACGGUAUAAUGCUCUUCAAUACCAUGGAAGAACACAUACUGGAGAAAAACCCUAUGGAUGUAAUGAGUGUGGUAAAGCCUUUGCAGCUCAAAGUACUCUUCAAAACCAUAAAAGAACACAUACUGGAGAGAAACCCUAUGAAUGUAAUGAGUGUGGUAAGGCCUUUGCACAAUACGGUAAUCUUCAAAACCAUAAAAGAACACAUAGUGGAGAGAAGCUGUAUGAAUGUAAUCAGUGUGGCAAGGCCUUUGCAGUUCAGAGUAAUCUUCAAAACCAUAAAAGAACACAUACUGGAGAAAAACCCUAUGAAUGUAAUGAGUGUGGUAAGGCCUUUGCAGCUCACAAUAAUCUUCAGAACCAUAAAAGAACACAUACUGGAGAGAAACCCUAUGAAUGUAAUCAGUGUGGUAAGGCCUUUGCACAAUAUGGUAAUCUUCAAAACCAUAAAAGAAGACAUAGUGGAGAGAAACCCUAUGAAUGUAAUCAGUGUGGUAAGGCCUUUAUAGAACACAGUAAUCUUCAAAACCAUAAAAGAACACAUACUGGAGAGAAACCCUAUAAAUGUAAUGAGUGUGGUAAGGCCUUUGCAUUUCACAGUAAUCUGAAACGCCAUAAAAUUACACAUACUAGAGAGAAACCCUAUGAAUGUAAUGAGUGUGGUAAAGCCUUUGCAGCUAAGAGUACUCUUCAAAUCCAUAAAAGAACACAUACAGGAGAGAAACUGUAUGAAUGUAAUCAGUGUGGCAAUGCCUUUGCAUUUCACAGUAAUCUUCAAAACCAUAAAAGAACACAUACUGGAGAGAAACCCUAUGAAUGUAAUCAGUGUGGUAAGGCCUUAGCAUUUCACAGUAAUCUGAAAAGCCAUAAAAGUACACAUACUAGAGAGAAACGCUAUGAAUGUAAUGAGUGUGGGAAGGCCUUUGCUGCUCACAGUAAUCUUCAAAACCAUAAAAGAACACAUACUGGAGAGAAACCCUAUGAAUGUAAUCAGUGUGGUAAGGCCUUUGCAGCUCAUCGUACUCUUCAAGUACAUAAAAGAAUACAUACUGGAGAGAAACCCUAUGAAUGUAAUGAAUGUGGUAAGGCUUUUUCACAGUACGUUGUUCUUCAAUGCCAUAAAAGAACACACACCGGAGAGAAACCAUAUGGGUGUAAUCAGUGUGGCAAAGCCUUUGCAUCUCACGGUAAUCUUCAAAACCAUAAAAGAACACAUAGUGGAGAGAAACCCUAUGAAUGUAAUCAAUGUGGGAAGGCAUUUGCAGCUCACAGUACUCUUAAAAGGCAUAAAAUAUCUCACUCUAGAUAGAAACUCUAUGAACUUAAUCAGUGUGGUAAGAGCUUUGUACAGCACAGUCAUCUUCAAAGGCAUAAAAGAACACACAAAAGAGAGAAACCCGAUGGAUGCAUUUCACAUGGUAAAGCACAGUAAUCUUCAAAGUCUUAAAAGAACAAGAAACUGUUUGAAUGAAAUCAGCAUGAUAAAGCCUUUUCAUGUGUUACUCAUCUUCAAAUGCAUAUAUGUACACCUACAGGAUAGAAACCCUAAAUGCAAUCUAUGUGGUUAAUCCUUUGUCACAAUAAUCUCCAAAUACAUUAAACAAUUCAUCCUGGAAAGAAACUAUGAAUUUAAUGAGUACACUUUUCAAAAGAUUUUUUAAAAAUCACACUCACACUGUGGUGAAACUCUCUGAAUAUAUCCAUUAUGGUAAUGUUUUGUACUUUAUGCAGAAGUAAAUCUUUUUGUUUAUACAUCUGAUAAAGCUUCUGCAAAUUACAAUAUCCUUUGAUUACCUAAGGAAGAACCUGAGGGCUUAUUCUAAAUUAUGUUUCAAGAUCCUUACAGUCAGCUAACUAACAGCAUUCAUUCUGUAGAAAAAAAUUUAAUAGUGUCAAUGAUCUGUUCAAUAUGAUACCUCUUUAUUUUGUUUGCACCUGCAAACUAAUGAACAAAAAAGCUAAUUCUUGAAUUUAUGAAAUCCUAUGGGUAGGAGAAAUGGCAAGUGAAAGAAACACAUCCUGUUUCUGAAAUGAUAUCUAAAGUAAAACACUUUGUCUCUGAAUCUAGAACUGGUUAUCAAAACAUCACCCUGAAAACAGAACCAAAAAGAUAAAAAGGGCCAGUGAAGAGAACACACUUUGGCUCUCAAUCAAGAGCCAAAGAAACACACUCUUCCCUUGUUCAACUGAGCACCAAAGUAACCAAUCUCUGAGCACAGAAUUCUGCCCAUGUCUCAGCUUGUUCAAAAUCAGGGACUGAAAUCUGACAAAUUUCCACCUUCAAAAUCUUAGAUCUGGUUUUAAGAAGCCCUAUAUGAGUCAUAUGCUCAUUCAGUUGGCAGCUGUUUCUUUCCACCCUGGCAGAGGCAGUCACUCUCUGCCCUCCCAAAUAAAUGUCCUGACUGAGAUUUCUGUGAAGAACUUCUUUCACUGGAAUGGAUCAGAAACUCCCUAGUAUAAUUGUAGUAAGGUGUGAUUGAUACUUCCACUUGGAAACUCAUUUAACCCAGAGCAGCACAGCAGCAAUGGACAACUCUUUUGGGGCAUUCUAUUGGGGGAGUGGAGCAGAUCAGUAACAGACAUUUCUGCAGGAAAACUCUCUUAGAAGAAUGGAACAGAUCCCAGCUGUGAUGGCUGUCUCUCAGAGAGGGACGUUAUUGCCUCAUAUAGUGUGGUGCCCAACUCUGCACAACUGUAGGUGUUUCCUGCCUACAGGCAGUAAGGGUCCCUUUCCCUCCAGAACUGUAACUCUUGAGUUGUGAAUUUAAAUGAUAAUGUAACUCUUUUAGAUUUUAUACUUUUUUUUCAAUUGCAAGACUUAAGUAAUUAAGGUAUAAGGAUUUAUGGAUGGGUACUUGGGUCUUUUGUUUUUCAAGACAGGGUUUCUUUGGAGCCUAUCCUAGAACUAACUCUAGUGUUGUAAUUGUUUUAAAUUCUAUUUAGCUCACUUUUAAGUCUGAAAUAGGAACAAACUCAUAAUGAAGAAGUUCAUAUUCAUGAAAAAAAUGUUAAUGGCUUUAAACAUCACAGAUUUCUUUAGCUUCAAGAAAAAUAAUUUUUUAUCAUACCCUUACAAGAAGCAAAUUACAUACCAUGUUCAUUCAAAACUGAUAGAGGAGAUAAUUGCAUUGUGGUUUCUAUUUUUAAGCAUUUGAGGUAGUCUCUAGAGUGUGUUGUAUGUGUGGCAAAUCCAUUUAGUGAAGUUUAUUUUGUAGUCUUUAUAUUCCUUCUAUGACUUCAUCUUCUGUUGUGCCUGUACCUUGUGAUAGGUAUUUCUGCUGUAAUGUAUGUAAUGGAGCCCUUAUCAUAUAAUUUUCUCAAUGGUUAUUGAAAUAAUCAUGCUAUGUUUGAGCAUACUUUCAUAUAACAGUGGUGAUUUAUCUUUCUGGUUUGGAUUUUUGUCUUUUCACAUAUUUCAUUGAAAUUUUUUUGUUUGAUAUCCAUCUUAUCUUGGAUAUCAGUAAUGAUUCAGGGAUACAUUUGAAUUCAUGAUGCUCAUUUAUAUUACUCUUGAGUACAAGUCCAAGGGUAGAUGAUGAGCUACCAAUGUGCUGUGUUUUUUCAAGAAAAUUUAACAAUGUUAAUCUUAAAAUGACUGAUAAAAAUUAUAAGAAACAUUAAAUACUCCAUGUGUGUAUUCAAAGAAGUAUUUUCAUUUAUCUGAUAUGGAUGUAAUAAUUUUUGAGAAUCAGCAAACAUCUGUGUAUGUAAUUCCAUAGCUUAAUGUUCUAUAGGAAUUGAGGUAAGGUUUUUAGUCUUGCUGACAAUAGAGCUUUCCCACUGAGCCAUUUCAGUG